UAAAAUGAAGAUAAAGAUUUCAUCCUUCAAGUCUCACUCUCCUUAAAUCUUACUAACAAAAUACUCCAGGACUCAAACUGAGGUGGGAGACACAGAGGGUGGAAGAAGAGAAAGGAAGAGAAAGAAUGAAUUCAUGCAAAUCGUCUCCAUCGCAAUGCACAGAAAGACUAUUCUCCUCCCAAAUGUUCUUGUGGACUGUUUCCGGGGCUGCCAUACUACUACUCAGUGCCUGUUUUAUCACCAGAUGUGUUGUGACAUAUCGCAUCUUUCAAUGUUGCAAUGAGAAAGAAUUCCAGCCACGUGAUGACUUGAUGGGACUCUCCUGCUACAAUGAUGGGUCAGGUUCAGUCAAGAAUUGCUGUCCACUGAAUUGGGUCUAUUUUCACUCCAGCUGCUACUUCUUUUCUACAAACACAUUGACCUGGACAUUAAGUGUAAAAAACUGCUCAGACAUGGGAGCUCAUCUGGUGAUUAUCAACACCCAGGAGGAGCAGGAAUUCCUUUUCCAUACAAAACCUAAAGGAAAAGAGUUUUAUAUUGGAUUGACAGACAGGAUUGUUGAGAGUCAAUGGAAAUGGGUAGAUGGCACACAUCUCAACCAGUUUCUCAGCUUCUGGGAUGCAGGGGAGCCUAACAACAUAGCUACAGUUGAGGACUGCGUCACCAUAAGAGACUCUUCAAACCCAAGGAAAAAUUGGAAUGAUGUGCCCUGUUUCUUCAAUAUGUUUCGGAUUUGUGAAAUGCCACAAGCAAAUAUUCUGAAUCAAGAAAAAUCUCUUUGACGAGAAGGCACAAAUAAAUGAAGAGGAAUAAAAGCAAGAAUAUGGCUACAGCCCCAACAGGAGGAAAGUGUGCAUUGCACUUCAUGAGAACUCCAUAU